AUGGUCGAGAACGAUGCGCCCCCUCCGAUACCCUCAUUUGUGCCAAUAGAAACUCCAAUCAAGCGCAAGCCUGGCCGACCCCCAAAACGACCCGAAAGCAUGCUAUCUGGCCUUGGCUCUCCACCAGCUCCUCGCAUCUUGCCGCUACCUACACACAACCCCAAGGAACGCCUCAACCUACCCAAGCCAGCAUAUCGCACCGUCGACACGUUCGCCCAGUACGAGCAACACGGCUCAAACCAAAGAAACUAUGUCGACAAGUCCAUGGCUCAUGUUGGCUACCAAGAAGGCGACCGCUUUGAUAUACCCAAACACAUCCUGAUUCGUCACGUCGAAGGUCCCUACGAUGACGAUAGCAUCUCAGGCCUUGUUGUCAAGUCUGACAAAAUCGAAGAAGCCCGGCCGCCCGUUGUCUUCAACGUCGAAUACGACAUGGAUGAACAAGAUGAACGAUGGCUCGAGAUGCACAAUACCCAUCGCAAGGAGGAACAGGCUGAGCCCAUCAAGCCAGCCUUGUUUGAAAUCACCAUGACCCAAAUUGAGCGUGAAUACUACGCCCUCGAGAAGAAGAUCCCGAAGCCAAAUCCGAGACACGCCCAAAUCACAAGGCCCCGCUCGAGUUCCGCCGCAGCUGUCAAUGGAGAGCCUAGCGGACCUGCCGAUGAACCCGACACCAAAUGUGCUGUAUGCGACGAUGGCGAUUGCGAAAACGCCAAUGCCAUCAUCUUUUGCGAUGGCUGUGAUCUGGCCGUUCAUCAGGAGUGUUACGGAGUACCAUUCAUCCCUGAAGGCCAGUGGUUCUGUCGGAAAUGCAAGGAGAUCGGCCGUGGUACCCCGACUUGUGUCUUCUGCCCGAAUGUGGACGGUGCCUUCAAGCAAACGAAUACCAUGCGCUGGUCCCAUCUGCUUUGCGCCCUUUGGAUUCCCGAAAUCACCAUUGCCAACAUGACCUUCAUGGAACCUAUAACUGACGUCGAAAAAGUGCCUCAAAGUCGCUGGAGACUCAAAUGUUAUCUUUGCCAACAGAAUAUGGGUGCUUGUAUCCAAUGUGGUAACAAGGCCUGUUAUUCAGCGUUUCAUGUCACAUGCGCAAGAAGAGCCAAACUAUUCCUGAGAAUGAAAUCUACGCAUUCUGGAGGCAUCGAUGCUUCUGUUCUCAAGGCCUUCUGUGACAAACAUGUCCCUCAAGAUUGGCGUAACGAACAUGACGUUGAUACUGCUGUCGCAGAAGCCAAGCGCUAUUACAGACACACAAUGAAGAACAGGAAAUGGGCAGACAGCUCCAGCACUGGAAAUGUUUUNACCCCUGCUGCCCAACAAGACUCGACCGCAGAUAACGUAGACGAGCUAGGUCACGCUGACGAUACUAUCGUUGUUGCUGCAAACAAGCGCAAGAAAACCCAACCUCAAAAAGCUGGUUGGCGUCUGCCAUCGGGCGCACCCGUCGUUCCUGCUGUUGUGUUCAACACAGUCGACAAUUCACUUGGACGAUUCUCGCUCAGGAAGCGAAAAGAGUUUGUUACUGAGGCUUGCAAAUACUGGACGCUCAAGAGAGAAGCUCGCAAAGGUGCCGCUCUGCUGAAACGCCUCCAACUAUCUCUCGAGUCUUUCUCUCCUAUGGAAAUCACUCGUCGCAACUUUUCGGGCAUGGGUGCUGCUGGCAGACCACGCUUGCUUCGAAGAAUCGAGUUUGGCGAUAUCCUUAGUGAGGACGUGGACAAGUUGGAACAUAUCAUUUCCAGUGUCCGCCAACGCGAGGAGUUGAGCCUUGUUGAUACUACCGAAGUCCUCAGGAGUCUCAUCGAUAACGUUUACUUCCCUAUCAUCNNCCCCCUGCUUCGCCCGAUUCUACAACGAGCACANAAAGUAAGUGAAAAGCAUCUCUUGUUACUGUGA